AUGGGGUGUGUUCAAGGCAAGGGUUAUGAUUUCUCUCCAAAGAGACUUGAGAGGAUGAAAGUUAAUAAUGGUUAUGUCAAAGGAAGUAGAGUUGAAAAGCAACACAUGCAAAAACGACAACAACAACAAACGAGGGAUUUGGAUCGAGUUCGAGAACAAGAAGGGAUCAAUGGGAGGAUUAAUCAUGUGGUUGAAGAAGAGAAGAGAAUUAUUGGUAUAAAUCUAAAGGAGAAGAUCAAAGUAAGGGAUGGAAUUGGAAACGGAGUUGGAGUUAGGAUAGGAAAUGAUAAUUCACAAAGAGGGACAAGUGGUAACGGCAGGAAAAUAGGAGGAGAUGAAUUGGUGGAUGGAUGGCCAAAAUGGCUUGUUGAUAAUAUUCCUAAAGAGGUUUUGGUUGGUUUAGUUCCAAAGACUGCUGAUUCAUAUGAUAAGCUUGCUAAGGUAGGGCAAGGGACAUAUAGCAAUGUGUAUAAAGCUAAAGAUAGGAAGACUGGGAAAAUAGUAGCCUUAAAGAAGGUUAGAUUUGAUACAUCAGAACCAGAGAGUGUGAAGUUCAUGGCAAGAGAGAUCAUAAUAUUGAAGAGACUUGAUCAUCCAAAUAUUAUCAAGCUUGAAGGAUUAGCCACAUCAAGAAUGCAAUAUAGUCUUUAUUUGGUUUUUGACUUCAUGGAAUCUGAUUUAACUAAACUUAUCAAUCGCGCAGAAGGAAGACUCACUGAGCCUCAGGUAAAACGUUACAUGGAGCAAUUGCUCUCUGGACUUCUACAUUGCCAUGAGAGAGGAAUAUUGCAUAGGGAUAUUAAGGGGUCAAAUUUGCUAAUAGACAAAAAUGGGGUGCUCAAAAUUGCUGAUUUUGGACUUGCAAACUUUUACCAAACAAAGACAAAGAGGCCCCUAACAAGUAGAGUUGUGACACUUUGGUACAGAGCACCAGAGCUACUUUUUGGUUCCACUGAUUAUAGUGUUGGGAUUGAUCUUUGGAGUGCUGGUUGCCUUUUGGCUGAAAUGUUUGUUGGAAGGCCUAUUAUGCCUGGUCGGAAUGAGAUAGAGCAACUUCACAAGAUAUUUAAGUUGUGUGGUUCACCACCAGAGGAAUAUUGGAAGAAAGUGAAGCCACCAACAACAUUUAGGCCACCACAGCAAAAGCCUGGUUUUGGACAAGCGUUCCCCAGUUUGCCUCAUUCUGCUUUUCCCCUUUUAUACACACUUCUGUCUGUGGAGCCUCACUUCCGUGGCACUACUGCUACUGCUCUCCAAAAUGAAUUCUUUACAACAAGUCCAUUAGCAUGUGGGCUCUCUGAACUGCCUGUCAUCAAAGUAGAAGAGGAUACGCCUCCCCAAUCCAUUGAUAUCACAACAAGGAAGAAAUCUUCAAAAGGCAAACCGGUUCGAAAAAAUAGGGAUGGCCAUAGAAAAUUGCUCUCCAAUAUUUCUGAACACUCAACAGAGGAAAAGCAAGGGGAGUCAAGUAACAAAAGCCAAGAGAUCGGUACUCAUAGUGGUGCAAGUAGCAGUACUUCAUUUACCUUAAGCAUAAAAUCAAGCAUGAAUAAUCAAUGCCCUCCUCCUUCACCUACUCCAUCUUUCAAAUUCAGAAACAUAAAUCAAUCUGCUAAAACUGAGGCACAUCCUAAUGCUCUCAAGAACAUCAAGAAUUAUCCCAUUUUAUUAGCCUCUAUUACUGAAGCUGCUAAGCAUUAUGAAGACAACAGAUUGAGCCUCAACCGUAGGUCCAUCUCCAACAUUGAUUUCAGAAAUCAUCAUGAUCUUAUGGACCACAAGAUCUCUAAGCUGUUCGGCUUAGAAGAUACUAAUUAAUUUGUGACGCUCCUGACGGAGGGCAGGCUGAUGAGGGUAGGUCAAGCAGGACUAACAGACUUCUAGGCUGACAAGUUUUUAAAGAUAGUGUGCACAUGACACCUUCGGCGAAUCUCACAUCAGAAUGGAGAGGAAAAUGAAGAGUUUUAUAAAGCAUAGCUCAAGUUUACAUGAUACAUGCGCUUUUCGAGCUCGAUAUAUAGCCUGAAGAAGUAAUCCGUGUGAGCCUAAACCCAUGGCGAACAAUACGUAUCAUAUGAACCUGAAUAGUUAGAUCAUUAAUUAUUAGAAAAGUUGUUCUUUUUUGGUUUAGACGUACUGUUGAUGGACUAAGUUAUUACUAUUACUAAUUACUUGAUGAAAUAAAAAGUACAAUUAUGCAAAGGAUUUUCUUGCAUACCUAAAUUAUUGAAUAGUGAUUUUCUUUUGGAUAUGCUUAAUUAAACAGAUUUUGGCAUAACUAACAGAUACAUGAAAGAGACCGGUGUUAUAUAUCAAGCCUAAUAUAAUAGCUUGAAAAAUAGAAUAUAAUCUGAUAUAACUCAUGAUCAUUUUAUUGCAUAAAUAAUAUAUUUUUUAAAAUUAUUAAUUCGCUUCCCCUGGCCGACCAGAACAUUUUGGGGCAUGAAGGGUUAGGGAAUGGGGUCAACUCAUCAACGUUGUCCAAUUUCUUUCAAUGAACUUAUAACACAAUUGUGUUCUGACACGUUAACUUUGUUGCAAAAAUGAUUACACUUUUAUCAUGUGUCAAAUGCUCAAAGAGAUAGUGCGGGAGGUAAUGGAGGCUAUAGGAAUAAUUGAAUUUAACUUAGUUACGGGCAAUAAGUAAUAAUGCAGAAAUGAAAAUUAUUUAUACAUUUUUUUUUUGCAUUUCUCAUUUUUACAUUUUUAUAGGGCUAUACGGACGCGAGCUGUAGAGCUUCUCGGUAAAACAGAUCAAACUUAUUAUCAUUAAAAUGAUCUGAACUGUUUGAAAGACCCAACAUGCAUUUUUUUUUUUUUUGCAUUGGGCUCUUUGAUUAACUAACAUAUAUAUAUAUAUAAUACUCUACCAUUUUUACUAACUUACCCCUAAUUAAUGCCUAGAAAAAAAAAAGCAACUUAAUGAUUUUUUAUUAUAAAUAAGGGUAAGUUUAGAAGAAUAAGAUCAAUUUCUUCUUGAAAUCCUAAACACCACUUAUUUUGAAACAAAAUCAAAAGCCUAAAACACCAUUUAUUAUGGAAUGGAGGGAGUAUUAAACCUUUUUUUUUUUUUUGAGGAAAUUCUUGCAUCCGUUGCUGAGUAUAGGAGCACAAAUUUGCAAUUCCAGCUUGAGACUAUAAAUUUCAUUCAAACUAACCAAAUAAGUACAU